CAUUUAUCCGCGCUUUCGGGGAAGUGAUACGUGAUGCUUUUCGCUCUACCGUGUUCUUCCGAAUCAUGGCCAGACUAUGCUAGCUACCACAGCCAGACUGCUGUUAAAUUAAUUCUUGCUGCCAUACUUGUCAUUAUUACUUGUUUUGAUAAUGCAAGAAAUAAAUGAUUUUUCAAAGUUUCGCUUGAGUAUAUGCUUCAAACAUUUCUUUCUACUUAACUUCCUAUUCUUAUCAAAUAUGCAGAUUUGAUCGUUAUCUCGGUAGUAGCAGCAGCAGGUAGCAGCCUCCAUUGCAUACCAUUUGCUCUUCCUUGGUGCUGUGGCUGUUUUUUACUUGAAGUGUUGCUGAGACAAGCUAAUGUGUUCUCCAAAUAUGACUCUUCCACGACAGUACCUGAGGCUACGACAUGUCUGGACACGCAGCACUUCCAGGAGUCGUCCUGACGAAUUUUUUACUGUGCAAAAAAUUUCUAGAAAAUGUUCAACAUCAAACAAAGUCUCCCUAGAAUUCCUUCCUCCAUUUUGCCCUGUAUUUGGAAAUGUUCAAGAUCAUUACAAUAGAGUCGCUGUAAUAGACUCUAUGGGCACGCACAGCUAUUUGAAAUUGUUGCGGUUCAGUCAAAGCAUCGAAGAUCAAUUGAGGCACAUCAUAAACAGUAAAAAUCAGACAAGGAUAGCAUUUCUCUGCCCUAGUGAUAUCAGAUAUGUUGCCACACAGUGGGCUUGCUGGCUCAGUGGAAAUGUAGCAGUUCCACUAUACCACCAGCAUCCUAAUGCUAUGCUGGAGUAUUACAUCAAGGACUCUCAGUCAUCAGUGCUAGUGACAACAAGGGAAUAUGCUGAACGGAUUCAGCCACUUGGACGGCAGCUUGGAUUGCCAGUCAUCAUACCUGAGGUGCCCGACGAUGAAAAUGCUCUUCCUUUUGGCAAAAACCAAUGGGACGACCUCAAAGAAAAAGAUGCAUUGAUGAUGUACACAAGUGGGACAACAGGACCACCAAAAGGUGUAGUGCUAUCCUUUGGAAACAUUCACUUCCAAACCUCACAAAUAAGACACGCUUGGGAAUGGACUUCGAAUGAUGUUAUGCUGCAUGCACUACCACUGCAUCAUACUCAUGGCAUCAUCAGUGGAUUGCUCACUCCACACUACUCUGGAGCCACAUGCUUCAUGUUACCCAAGUUUGAUGCUGCUGAGGUAUGGAAGCACUUGCUUCAUCACGACAACAACAAACCACCCGUAUCAGUAUUCAUGGCUGUUCCAACAAUGUACACAAAACUGGUUGAAUACUACAACCAGCACUUGCGUAACCGGAAAGAAACUUCACCGGAAGCAGUAAAGGAGACCUUUACAAAAAAUAUAAGGUUUGUCAUCAGUGGAUCAGCUUCUCUACCACAGCCAGUCUUAGAAAACUUUCAGGAUAUAACAGGAAUGACCAUACUAGAGAGGUACGGAAUGACUGAAGUUGGUGUUCCAUUGUCAAAUCAGCUGCAUGGAAAAAGGCACCCAGGUUGUGUUGGCUACCCAACUGCUGGUGUAGAAGUCUGCAUUGCAGAACUUGAUGAAAGUCAGAAAAAUGGCUAUAGACCUAUUGUGAUUGGGAAUUCCAAAGGAAGCACGAUAAUGGGAAAUAAAAGUGACACAUCAGGAGAACUGUUCAUACGGGGAGGAAAUGUGUUCAAGUGUUACUGGAAACGACAAGAGGCAACGAAGAAUUCUUUUACAAAAGACGGGUGGUUCAAAACAGGUGACAGUGCUGAGUGCAUUGAUGGUGUGUACAAGAUUCUCGGCAGGACCUCUGCAGACAUAAUCAAAACAGGCGGCUACAAAGUUAGCGCCUUGGAUGUGGAACGCCAUCUUCUGUCACACGAAAAUAUCAAGGAGUGUACUGUAGUUGGAGCUCCCGACGACGUAUGGGGGGAGAGGGUUGCGGCAGUUGUUGUUUUAAAAGAUCAGUCGAAAGAGCUAAAACUGGAAGAACUUCGUGCCUGGUGUAAGGAGCUAAUGCCACCCUACAAUGUGCCUAGCAUUCUCCACUGCGUCUCAUCCCUCGAACGUAAUUUUCUCGGGAAAGUAAAUAAGAAAGAACUAGUCAAAAAGAUGUGGCCAACACCUUUGAAAUAAAGUAAGUUUCACUCUACACACAGGAUAUAUGAAAAAAAAAAAUGGCUGUCCUUAUGCUUAUAACAGUAACAAAUGCCAUUGUGUGGUCAGACCAUAAACAUUCAAUAAAAGAAAUAAAACCUUGUAACCCACUGGUCA